AUGGCCAGGGCAAAUUUUACAGAACGUGGAACACAAGCGAAAACAUUUGAAGAACUGCGAUGCUAUCCCUCUUCGGCAGGUGGAUCACAACAACAGUCGAUAAUUUUCUCAGCAGUAAACAUCCUCUUCUCUAUCAUAGCACUUCUUGGAAAUUCUCUUAUCCUUGCCGCCCUUCACAAAGAAUCCACACUUCAUCCGCCGUCCAAACUCUUGUAUCGUUGCCUGGCAACAACUGAUCUGUUGAUUGGACUUGCAGGCCAGCCUCUUUAUGCCACUUAUUAUAUUUCAUUAGUUUACGAAGACUGGGAUCUUUGUCGUUACGCAGUUGACGCCGCUUUCAUCACAGGCUAUGCAUUAUGUGGAGCGUCUUUGUUAACGAUUACUGCUAUCAGCGUGGACCGACUUCUCGCUCUGCAGUUGGGGCUGAGAUACAAACAAGUUGUUACUUUGAAGCGCACGCAUAUCAUUCUCGCUACGUUUUGGAUUGUAUCCAGUAUUUCUGCUUUUUGCUACGUUCUAGAUCCCCAGAUAUCCUUUUGGUGUAGCUAUAUAGUUCCACCUCCUUGCCUAAUGAUCUCGGUCGCCUCAUACAUAAAGAUUUUUCGCACUCUUCGUUGUCUUCAGGCAAAAGUACAAGAUCCUAUUCAGCCGAGCACACCAAAUGCAUUAAACAUGGCGCGAUACAGAAAGGCAGUGUACAGUGCACUGUGGGUGCAGUUAACAUUAGUUGUGUGUUACCUACCGUAUAUUGUGAUGCAAAUUAAGAUUGUUUACAGUAAGACAUAUCCAUCUCAAUCUUCCAUCAGUUUUGAAAUAGCUUAUUCUUUAGUUUACUUUAACUCGACGUUAAACCCGUUUCUUUAUUGCUGGAAUAUUUGUGAAGUGAGGCAAGCAGUGAAGCAGACAAUGAGACAGGCAUUUUCCUGCGCUUGGAAUUAG